CUUUACCAGGUCAUAGAUUCCAGGUUGUAGAGCGCAACAUACAAGUUUUGUGAGCAGUAGCAGUGGUAGUCCACUCGUUUAUCCCUUGAACGCUGCUCUCGUUUGUUGUCAUUACCGACAUACACAAAAAGAACAAUCUGGAACUUUAUGGACAGCACUAUGACAAAAAAUUUGGAUUCAAUACUCAUUAUUGUCGGUCAUGUUACUCACCGCUUAAGUCUUACCAAAAUGACUCUUUCUGCUGAUAAAACUCGGUCAAUCAGUUCUGUGAUCAGAAAUUUAUGUUUUUGGACGUUAUUGGAAGCAUACCAAAUAUCUGACUUCUUGCUAUUAGGAAGUCUACAUUUCCAUUUACUAGUAAUUUACAGAAUCUUUUAAUUAUUCUGUAACUACUCGUUAACAGUAAUUGGGCUACUCAGUUAUUCUGUAGCAAUAAGUAAUACACGUUUGUUGAACUCGUAAAUCUGCUUUGAAAUUACUUUGAAAAUAUAUUCUAUACUUGUUUUUAUUUAUUAGAUAUCAUAUACUCUAUUUACUUAUGUAUUAUGUUUUAUUUUUACUACGCUAAACUUGUUAACUUAAAGUAUUUGUUCAUAUGUGAAUUAGUCAAAUAUAAUAAGCUAAAAACUUUAUGCUUCUUUAAAUGACUAUGUUGUGGGUGGUUUAAUUGUACAACAGUAGUAUCACUAGUUUAUUAUAUGGUUUUCAAUUUUCUAACUUUUCAGAACUGGCUUCUAUGACCCAAUGGAGAAGCAGAAAAGUAAUUAUUUUAACAAAAAAGUGCAUAGACGACAUUUCUCAAGAAAACGAACCUUGGAUCUUAUGUUUCUCUUUACGUUAUCUUUGAUUUUUGUUAUAUCAACUUCAUAUUUAGUGUAUACUAAUCAGGGCCUGAGUUUAAACUCUUUUGAACAUCCGCUUAAUGUAGAUUUGUACAUGAUAUAUGAAAAUGAAUUCAAAACGUUGAACAACAAGACAUCGGUUAAACCCAUAAAUCCUGUUAAAUUUAACGUUAUUCUCCAACCAAUACACUCUUGUAAAUCGUCCAAUCAAUCUGAUGCCUCACAAGAUCUAGUUAUUUUUGUCAAAUCAGCGUUGCUACACUUUGAAUCACGUAACAAUAUACGCCAAUCUUGGGGUAAUUCAAACUGUUUCCGUUAUUUUGGAGUGCGCGCUCGAACGCUUUUUAUCCUUGGUAGAUCAGGUUUCGUCGAUUGGGAACAUUCCAGUACUCAAAGUCGGGUAUUACAAGAACAUAUAAAGCAUAAUGAUAUAGUUCAGUUUGAUUUUAUUGAGGACUACCAUAAUGUCACGUAUAAGCUGAUAGCGACAUUAGACUUUGCUAUUAAUGAAUGUUUCUCUUCUCGAUUUCUCACUUUGAUUGACGAUGAUUUUAUGUUGCAUCCAUCUAAUUUGCUUCGGACACUUUCCGAAGUUACUGAAACUCAGUAUUUGAACUACAUAGCUGGUGAUGUGUUGCGUAUCUCCAAACCAAUGAGGUUCCCAUUCAGUAAAUGGUAUAUAUCCUUCUCAGACUAUCCAUACAGUUUGUAUCCACCCUUUCCUACUGGCGGAACUAUUAUUCUUAGCAUGCCUGUUGCAAAGCUUCUUUCUGUUGGUCUGAGGUAUACCAAAUUACUUCCUUUUGAAGAUGUUGUAAUCGGCCUUGUAUUAUAUAAACUGGGUAUUAGCCCCGUACAUUUGAAUGGUGUUCUCGCAGUUCGUCAACCAGACGAUAAUAUUGGUGAUAUCAUAAGUAUUCAUGGGUACGGUGAUAGUUCUUUUUCCUUAUCUAGUUGGAAUAAGCUUGGUUUACAGACUGUUUGCAGCGAAUAGCUUGUCUUCUUUGUUGCUUCUUUGUUAUUGUUUGUAUAUUCAAUAUGUAACAGUUGGUUAACGUUAUGUUAACCUUGGAGAAUUUCUAGUCAACUAAUAUUCACUUUUUGAUUUGCUGCAGUUGCUUAGUUACUAGUAAAAAUGUCUCACCUAAAAUUUCUCAUGCUAAUAAUCAAACUGUUUAUUUCUCAAUUUGUCAAAUAAUUAACCACAAACUAACUGUAAUGUAAAUAUUUAUAAAACUCUCAUCUUGUAAAUAAGUCGUAACUACAUAUGUUUUAUUUCAAAUUAAAAGUAACUUGCUAUAAA